GCUGACUCAGCGCAACCUCUUUGCACACACCCGCUGGACACUUGGCCAAGCCAGGCUAUAUAAUGAUGCCAGGACCCCCAGCCCAGCAGCACCACUCUUGCCUCUGUGCCCUGCCAACCAACAGGAAAGGUGUCUAUGACCAGCCAGCACAUGGAGACCCUGGGUCAAUACAAGAUCACCGUUUGGGAGGAAGAAAACUUCCAGGGGAAGCGAUGUGAAUUCCUGAUGGAGUGUCCCAGCAUCAUGGAACGUGGCUUCCGCAAGAUCCGUUCAAUUAAAGUGGAAAAUGGCCCUUGGGUGGGGUAUGAGUACCCUGAAUACCAAGGACAACAGUUCAUCCUGGAGAAAGGCGACUACCCUCGCUGGGAGGCCUGGAGCGGGAACAGCGGCUACAGAACUGAAUACCUGCUCUCCUUCCGUACCAUCAAGUGUGCUAACCACAGUGACAGCAAAGUGACCCUCUAUGAGGCAGAGAAUUUCCAAGGACGCAAGUUUGAGCUCAGCGAUGACUACCCAUCCUUGCAGGCCAUGGGCUGGGGCAACAAGGAAGUGGGCUCUGUCAAAGUCAACUCUGGAGCGUGGGUUGCCUAUCAGUAUCCAGGCUACCGAGGCUACCAGUAUGUCCUGGAGCGGGACAGACAGAAUGGUGAAUACAAGAAGUACAGUGACUACAGCACCCAGGCCCAUACCAACCAGAUCCAAUCCAUCCGCCGUGUCCAGCACUGAGCCACAUCUUAGCCGCACUUUUAGCAGCAACAACAUUGGGUCUCCUGCAAAUCAUCCCUCAACACCUGACCUGCCUCUGUGCCCAAGGGCCAACCAAGCAGUAGACCUGCACCCGGUAGCCAAUAAAGGCAUUUACCAAA